AUGCGCGUUGUUAACGAGGUGUUUCACUUUCCUACCUUUUCGGCGGCUCUACGUUCAUCGAAGGUUCUUAGCGAACCCCUUGGGGCUCCCAUGUCAGCAGCUGGAAGUGCCCCGGGAGCGCCGCCGCUGCGGGACCCCCGCCCCCGGUCCACCUGCGGGCGCUGCGCCGUGCGGGCUCGCGUUCCGGGCCGGCGCCCCACGGCUCGGGCGCGGGCAGGGGGCGGAUUUUUCAGAUGUUUGGGAGCAAACACCAUUUGCUUCCUUGGGGAGAAGUUUGGCCGUCGGUCCUGGACGUAUGGUUGCGUAAGAGGCCGUCCGAGAGACCCGCGCGGCUGUCGGAGCGGCCGGAGAGCGAGGACAGAUGGCGAGCAGCCUCUGGGCCCCCCUUCUCUGGUGUGUGUUGGUGGGAACCAACCAGCAUUGCUGAGAGGAGGAAGAGGAGCAUCUCCCCGUCACAACAUGGCCCCACGUGCCAGCCCACCUGAUGGUGGCUGGGGCUGGAUGAUUGUGGCCGGCUGCUUCCUGGUCACUAUCUGCACCAGGGCUGUGACGAGGUGUAUCUCCAUUUUCUUUGUGGAGUUCCAGGCAUAUUUUGGGCAGGAUUAUGCCAGAACAGCUUGGAUCCACUCCAUUGUCGACUGUGCCACGAUGCUCUGUGCCCCGCUUGGGAGUUUAAUCAGUAAUCAUGUAUCCUGCCAAGUUGGUAUCAUGCUAGGAGGGCUGCUCUCAUCUACUGGACUAAUUCUGAGUUCCUUUGCCACCAGUCUGGAACAUCUCUAUUUGUCAUUAGGAGUCCUUACAGGACUUGGAUUUGCUCUCUGUUAUUCUCCAGCUAUUGCAAUGGUGGGCAAAUACUUCAACAAAAGGAAGGCCCUGGCUUAUGGAAUAGCUAUGUCUGGAAGUGGAAUCGGUACCUUCAUCCUGGCUCCUGUGGUUCAACUUUUAAUCGAGCAGUUUUCCUGGCGUGGGGCAUUACUUAUCCUAGGAGGUUUUGUCCUGAACCUCUGUGUCUGUGGUGCCUUGAUGCGGCCUAUUGCCCUUGAGGAGGACCGUAAAACUGUUCCGGGACUUCUUGAAAAAGAUUAUGUCCCUGAAGCGCAGAAACAAGGCUUGAAGAGAAUGUCUCUCUGUUCACCUUUAAUCAAAACAUGGUCACAUGAGUGUUUAUGUUACUGUUCAUGGAAGGAAUAUGACUUUUUACUCAUGCCAGGCUUCAUGGUGCUAGCAGUGUCUGUUUUAUUUAUGGCAUACGGCUGCAGCCCUCUGUUUGUCUACUUAGUGCCUUAUGCUUUAAGCGUUGGAGUGAGCCAUCACCAGGCUGCCUUCCUCAUGUCCAUACUUGGCGUCAUUGAUAUCAUUGGUAAUAUCACCUUUGGAUGGCUAACAGACAGAAGGUGUCUGAAAAAAUAUCGGUACUUCUGCUACCUCUUUGCUGUAGGGAUGGAUGGCCUCUGCUGCCUUUUCCUACCAGUUCUCCAAAACUUCCCCUUGCUUGUGCCUUUCUCAUUUACCUUUGGAUACUUUGACGGUGCCUAUGUAACGCUGAUCCCUGUUGUGACGGCAGAUGUAGUGGGAACUUCUUCUUUAUCAUCAGCACUGGGUGUUGUGUACUUCCUGCAUGCCAUACCAUAUCUAGUGAGCCCACCCGUUGCAGGUUGGCUUGUGGAUACAACUGGCAGUUACACGGCAUCAUUCCUCCUGUGUGGAUUUUCUAUGAUAUUUAGUUCAGUGUUAUUAUGUUUUGCCAGAGUGGCAAAGAAAAUGAAGAGGACGCGUUUGAAGUCACUCUCCAACGAUACUCACAGCAAACAGCACAUCUGGACAAAUGGAGCAAUAGCUUAUUCUGUCACAGGAGAAUUAGACCACAAGGAUGCUGAGUUUUUGCCUGUGGACACGAACAGCUACAGCAACAGAUGACAAUCACUGUCAAGAUUCAGUACUGUGCAACUACGAUGAGACAGAGGAGACUGCAGCAUGCUGCAGUGCUGAAAAUGAUAGUCCUGUGACACAAGGCCAGUUAUUUCUGUCAUGUUUUGAUAGGCUAGGAUCUGCAAACAGCAUAGGAAGUUGAAGCAGUAGUAGAUCAAAACUAUACUGAGAAUAGAGUUGGUAGAUAAAAGUUUCAACAGAUUUAGUUCUAAAGCAGUAUGUUGACUCCACAGGUAACCUGAAAAAAUAUAAUUGGCUAUGAUCAAAAGAAAACAAUAAAGUAAUCAGUCACCAAAGAUGAAAAAUAAUGUUUAAAUUAUUUAAAAAAUAGUAUUAAUGAAAUAGACAUUUCAGUGUUCCUGUCUGUUAGUUUUCAAUGGAGUAAUCACAGGUGCCACCAGAAAGCCUCUCCAUUUUUUAGGCUGCAUCUCUUUGCCAAUGACUGUUUUGAAUGCCAAAGUCAUUUUUUAGAAAAUCUGACAGAAAGCUGUGAUUUAUGCUGAAAGUAUAUCUGAAGCAGCUUUAAUUUCUAUAGUGUGCCUGAAUCUUGUGCAUACGUUGCAAGUUCAUUUCAAGGGUGGCUUGAGAGCUGCUUUCCCAGUCCCCCUGCAGCAAAAUGUUCAGGUGGUUUGGUUGCUGGUGGUUUUUGGUUGGUUGUUUUUUUCCCUGGAAACCUCUAGAGGCUGAAAUUCUGAAUGUUGACAUUCCAGGUAUGAUCCUCCAGCUGGUGUUUUCUGAGUGGGUGUAAGAAGGGAUCAUGGCUGCUCUGCCAUCUGAACAUCUCUAGCUUUUAGGAAAAAUUAGAUCUGCGCAAGCAGAUUAUUGAGAAGUAAUAGCUCACCACACCAGCUAUUAGUAAAGAGAAUGUUGGCUGACAAAUUGCUCCCGUGUACUGCAAUGGCCAGAGUGUCCCUUUUUUGCAUCCAGGAGCUGUAUCUUUAGGUGAUUCUACUUACUCACUUGUACUGACUGAUCAGGUCACUUGUUCUGGACAGAAAGCAACAGCUGUGAUUUGCCAAUGAUUUCCUGCUACUUGUGCUAGGGAUAUUUACUACAGCUGGCUACUCUGUGAGACCUGGAGACUGAAUGUAGCUCAUAAUGCAAAUUACUGAUGGUCAGUUCAUUAAAAAUGGGAUGCUUCUACAUUUCCUUGGUGAAUCCAUUAAGAGAUAGAGAAACUUCACAUUCUGAGAUGAAGAUUUUUUCUGUUUGAUGAUGUAUGAAGCUGUAGUCUAUUCAUUAGCAAAUUGAUUGGAGUCCAGAUAAGUUUCAUUAAUGCUGUAAUGUUGUUGAUCGCCUGCAGUACGCUUGGUGUUUGCUGUUGGUGUCCAAUUCCAUUCUGUGCCUCAAGGGGGAGACCAACGCGGGCUGCUGUUCACGACUUUGACUUAGAUAAGAGAACAGUCACAGGGUCAUAAUGUAUUUUAUAUCUAUCAAUACUGUGUGUAUCAAUUACUUUUAUUUUUCAUGCAUAUUUCAAAUACAAUGCAUUAAAACUGUUUGACUUCA